AUGUCCCUUAUACGGAUCCGCUCGGUUCUUGUCUGUGGUGGUUCGACUCCUGGUGGCGGAUUUGCAAUUGAUAAUUGUGUUUCUAUGCAACCUGAAGCUGAGAAUGCUACUUGGGUGAUUGAAAGAAUCCCAUCACGUCGCGUAAUGCCAUGUCUGGCAUCCCUUCCAGAUGGCACAACUCUCAUCAUGAAUGGAGCACAUCAUGGAUUUGCCGGCUUCGGACUCGGCUCAGAUCCCAAUUUCAACACCGUUCUAUACGAUCCCCGUCUACCCAUCAAUUCGCGCAUGAGUAUAAUGGCAAAUACAUCAGUCGCGCGUCUUUACCAUUCAGAAGCAAUACUGCUUCUAGACGGACGAGUUAUGGUAAGCGGCAGUGGUCCUCAAGACAAUGUCCAUCCAGAAGAAUACCGCGUCGAAGUUUCCACCCCUACAUAUCUCCUCUCCGGUCUCCCUCGUCCCACUUCCUCCCUCAAUAAUACAAAUUGGUCAUACUCACAAAGGAUACCUUUUACACUAACCUCAAAUACCACUUCGACAUCGAAUAUUAGUGUUUCGGUCCUAUUCAUACCGCCAGAAAGUCCGCAACUCGGGUAG